UUGGAUAUAUAUACUUUGAAGAUUCACCUAUUAUUAACUGCGAUAUAUGCUGUAAUAUCACAUAACAUAUUCGCAAUAUAUAACGCUUAUUUGGUUUUCUAUAUUUGUCAGCUUUGUAUAUCCCACUAUCAUAAUGGUGGGAUGAUGAUAAGAGGGUAUUCUAGGAAGCCACUUGGUCUUAUGUUCAAAGUUUGGUUGUCAAACAAAUUCAAUUCUUUCAACCCUUUCAGUUGCAUAUAUGGUAACAUAUGAUGUAAUUCAUUCAUGCACCCUCCCUGGUUUAUGAUGCCAACUAUGCAACAACUCACAUGCAUGGUUAAUUAAUGGUCAUAUUUGCAAAAUCUCUAUCUUGGGAAGCAAUCUUGGAAUUAAUGAGAGGAUAUUCAUUAAUUAUUGUUGGUAUCUUCUCGAAAUGAGUGCCUGUUGUUGACUUACCGUCAAAUUUCAAAUGACAUAUUACAAGGAUACAAGAAAACACAAUACACAUUAAUAAUAUGUCUCUUUACUCGUACCAAAUUAUAUGUCUCUUUACUCGUACCAAAUUGGUUCCUCAUCUAAUGUAACACAAUAAUAUGUGUCUUUACUCGUACUAAAUUAUAUGUCUCUUUACUCGUACCAAAUUGGUUCCUCAUCUAAUGUAACACAAAAUAUUGUAGAAUGUGUUUUCUUGUAUCCUUGUAAUAUGUCAUUUGAAAUUUGACGGUAAAUCGACAACAGGCACUCAUUUCGAGAAGAUACCAAUAAUAAUUAAUGAAUAUCCUCUCAUUAAUUCUAAGAUUGCUUCCCAAGAUAGAGAUUUUGCAAAUAUGACCAUUAAUUAACCAUGCAUGUGAGUUGUUGCAUAGUUGGCAUCAUGAACCAAGGAGGGUGCAUGAAUGAAUUACAUUAUAUGUUACCAUAUAUGCAACAUAAAGGGUUGAAAGAAUUGAAUUUGUUUGACAACCAAACGUUGAACAUAAGACCAAGUGGCUUCCUAGAAUACCCUCUUAUCAUCAUCCCACCAUUAUGAUAGUGGGAUAUACAAAGCUGACAAAUAUAGAAAACCAAAUAAGCGUUAUAUAUUGCGAAUAUAUUAUGUGAUAUUACAGCAUAUAUCGUAGUUAAUAAUAGGUGAAUCUUCAAAGUCAGCAUAUAUAUCCAAUGGUGUAUAUAUAGGAUUAGGGGAGGCAUAUGGAGGAAGCAAGCCAAGCAAAGUAAGGCUGUAUUUGCAAACUAGAUAGCAAGCAAUUGGUUUGUUGCCUCUUUGGCCGGCCAUGACUAGGAAGAAGGUGAAGCUUGCAUUCAUCAUCAAUGAUUCGGCAAGGAAAGCAACCUUCAAGAAAAGGAAGAAGGGGCUGAUGAAGAAGGUGAGCGAGCUGAGCACGCUGUGCGGCAUCGAUGCGUGCGCGAUUAUAUAUAGCCCCUACGACGCGCAGCCGGAGGUUUGGCCCAACGGGCUGGGGGUCCAGCGCGUGCUGGCGCAGUUCAAGAGGAUGCCGGAGAUGGAGCAGAGCAAGAAGAUGGUGAACCAGGAGAGCUUCAUUCGGCAGAGGAUCUCCAAGGCCAACGAGCAGCUCAAGAAGCAGCUCAAGGACAACCGCGAGAAGGAGGUGGCCGAGCUCAUGUUCCAUUGCCUCACUGGGAGGGCCCUGCAGACCGUGGCCAUGUCUGAUCUCCAUGACCUCGGCUGGCUGCUUGACCAGAACUUGAAGGACAUUUACAAGAGGAUCGAGUCCAUGAGGAAGGCGGCCGCGCCUCCCCCUACUCCUCCUCCGCCGCCGCCACCGCCACUGCAGGCGCCGCCGCCGCCACCGCCACUAGUCCCUCUUGCACCACCGCUGCUACCAAGAAAUACUACUACUACUUCUAGUACUAUUAUUACUACUGCUGCUACUAGUGAAAUGAUGAUGAUGAGGAACAGAAUGCAGCAGGUUCAAGAGCAGAAGCCGAUCGUGGAUCCAAUUGUGGCCAUGGAGGCCAUGCAAAGGCCACACUGGUUCACGGACUGGAUGAACAACCCAAAUGAGCAUUUGGGUUUUGGUGGUGCUGGGGAGGAGAUGAUGAUGCUGCCAUUUGGGGACAGCCAUAGUGUGGUGUGGCCUGCUGGUCCCUUCUUUCCAUGAACGAUAGCUCGCUCCAUCGAUCUGGGUGGUUUAAUCUUAAGUGGUUUUGUCUCUCUUUAUAUGUUUUGAUAAUCUGAUGCAGAUUAUAGUAUGGGUUUAGUUUCGAAUUGAGUCUUGUAGUUUGUUUGGUCGAUCGAUCGUCUCUUGGUGUCUUGAAUUCCCAUCUUGUAAGAAAAGAGUCCAGUCCCUUUGUUCUUAGUACAUUUAGAUUAUAGUGUCUUUGAUUUGCAAUGCAAAUUGGCCGUGUUUGAUGAAUGGAUCUUUUGAGUUAAUUUCUAAAGUCUGGAUAUUAAUUUGU